UCCCCAUCUGUUGAAUUCCUUCAGAACAUCUUAUUCAAUAACCGAUAUCAAACCCCAUAGCGAUGCCCUUGUUCCCAUUUCUCAUAGCCAUAUUGCUUCCAAUCCGAGCGGGCGUUCAUGACGUCCAUCAUCGGCUUGCCCGAUACGUGGGUAAGAGAUGUAGCUCGGUUGAGAGUACAUGCCACCGCCAUAUUGCGGUACAUCCCCAACAGUCGCGAGUCACGAUCACGAAAAUUCCAACCAAGGGAGUUCCCGCAACACUAUAUCCCGGCUCCGCUUCCAUCGAAUCUCCUGAACUUUGACCAAAUGAAAAAGUGUCGAUCCCAUCAUCCUACGGCU